UUUAGUUUAUUUGAUCAAUUUUCUCUCCUUGGUGUUUUAGCAGUACAAGGAUGCAAUGAGGACUGCAGACGGGUGCCACCUCCAAAACCCAAGAGGAACCCCAACACACAACUUAGCGUUUCCUUUGACGAGUCCUACAUUAGGAGUCACGGAAGCAGUGGUGUGUGCCUGUCCAAGCACCUCCACCACACCACAUCCCCAUGCGAACGCAACCCCUCACCUCCACAGAGUGACGAGAGUCCCACAGACGACUGUGAGGAUGAGCCUGUCUACAUAGAAAUGGGGGGGAUUGACAUAGGGCCACGAGAACCAUUGAAGAUUGAGGAUGAAGAGCCGGGAGAGUCUGUGUACGAGGAAAUGAAGUAUCCAGCCCUGGAUGAUAUGGAGUACCGCACUGAUCCUGUUGGAUGUCGUUCUGCCUGCCCCACCCCGGCACCCUAUGACCCUGAGCCUCUCAGUCGCUGCUCCACCCCUCGAAACAUCCCCCUCUGUGACAUUCCUGCACCUUUUCCUAAUUUACUCACUCACCGUCCGCCGUUGCUGGUGUUUCCACCGGCACCAGCCCAGUGCUCRCCAAACUCAGAUGAGUCUCCCCUCACMCCUUUAGAUGUAACCAAAUUGCCAAUGCUGGAGAACCAGCCCUAUAGCAAGUCCCCGACCUCUUCAAAUGAACCUCCUCCUUCUGCUCACAUCCGCAGGGAGCUCACUGCUACCCCAACACUUACAGUCUCUGGCCGCUCCUCCGCACCUCCGCUCCCUUGUACACUUUACAAAUCCUCCUCAUCAUCAUCCUAUCAGCGUAGCCAUUCUGCCUGCCCAUCACCGGUCAGCAUGGGCCGCUGUCUCACCCCUCUGAGCCUAAUGCGUACACCUCCAUUUGAUGCUCCAAUGCCUUUUCCCGGGGGUCUCCCUCGGAGUGCAUCUGCAACCCCUCACGGCAAAGGUUCCCCACCUCAAGAAGGUGUUGGACGACUCCACGGCUCUAUGCAGAAUGUGUCAACAAGUCGUUCGCGGACACCCACCAGUCCACUUGAUGAACUAACAAACCUGUUCACCACAGGCAGGAACAUGCUGAAGAAAAAUGCCAGUGGAAGAAAAUCUAAAGAGCCUGGAGAGACUGAGUCUAAGGUCAAGUCUCACAGUGAUUCCAAGCGUGAAGGAAAGGAACGCCACAGCAAGGAUYCCAAACGUGAGUCCAAAGAGCGCCACAGCAAGGAGUCUUCUCAUCGAAGAGAAAGAGACAAAGACAAAGAAAAAGAAAAAGACAAAGAUAGGGGCAGCAGCAAUACAGAACCUCCAAUCCACAGACGGAACAGUCGAGACCGCACCUCCAGCAGUACAGAUUUGCCCCUUGUCCGCAGGGAUAGCAAGGAUCAAGCCUCCAGUGGUCUAGAGCCCAUCUCUGGGAGACGGGACUCCAAAGACAAAAGCUGCAGCUCCUCAGACCCCAUACCUUUAAUAAGAAAAGACUCCAAAGAAAGAUGUAUUAGCAACGGUGAACUAAUUCCAAGGAAAGACGGCAAAGAUCGAGGUGGAGGACAUGCCACAGAGUCUUCACAGAGACAGGAAAGCAAAGACAGAGACAAACUAAUAGAUCAGCAACACGAGCCCUUAUCAAAACAAGACAGCAAGGAAAGGGCAAGAAAUGGUUUGGAUUCAAAGCAAGAUAGCAGAGACCGAGUAGGUGAGCUUCUGCCUCGUCAAGAAAGUAAAGACAGAACUAGAAAUGGACCAGAAUUUAGGCACGAUUGCAAAGACAAUCGUCCUGAUUUGUUACUUCAAGAGAGUGUAGACAGAGAAAGAAGUAGCACUGAACAUAAAUAUGAAGGACGAAUAGACCAGCCACCUGAAGUGCUGCUGAGACAAGAGACAUCACGGAGCAACAAGGUUGAUUUUAAGUAUGAAGGCAGAGAUCGGAAUUGCCACAACGGAGGGGAUCUUCCACCCCCUCUUUUACCAAGGCAGGAAAGUAAAGACCUGAGUAGGACAGGCCUUGAAGUGAGACGGGACAGCAAAGACAGAAGUCUUAAUGGCUCAGAGCAGCAACUUUAUGAUUUCAAAUGCAGCAAGAGUCCUCCUGCAACGGAGUACAAGUGUGAUAAAGACCGUGGACACAGGUCAGAUGGUACGCCGAGGCGUGRCAACAGAGCUAAUCACAAUAYGGACCAGUCAAAAGCACAAGAGAGAAAUGGCAGCACAAUUUCAGGGCAACAUUCAUCCACUACUACACCCACUCACCAUGGGAAAUCAUCCGGUAGCCCACCUUUGUCUGCAGGAACUGGAAACGAUUUGAAAACUCCAUCCAAGUAUAGUCGCUCCCCUUCAAUGCCCAAUAACCCUUCCCCACUCGGAACGCCACAAAGGAGAGCUGCAGAGACACAUCAAAGUCAGAUGCUGCAGAUGCCAUGGAUCUGUGGAGACACCACUAUGCUAGAGCAGAUAGAAAGAAAACGGAACCUCUGUGCGGAGAUCCUCUCCAGACAGCAUCCACACUUGCAGARAUAUCUGGAAAGGCCUCCACCUCCUGACAAGAACGAGGACAGGCACCUGGAGCGAAGUCAGUGCAAGCAAGAAAGUGUGUCUGUCCUCGCCGGCUGUGGGAAGAGCAGUGGAACCAAGAAGAUCCGACCUCCCCCGUACCCAACACAGACAACUGUAUUCUGGGACACAGCCAUCUGACAUUUAAAAAAAAGAAGAAAAAAAACUUUAUCCUCUGUACCACAUAACCCCCACAUACUCACUUCUUCUCCCUGUUUGGUGGUACUGGGGCUCCCCMUGCGACAAUGCUUCAGGGUGAUCACAAAGAGCACUAGGGGGGUGAUACUUGCUGAUGUCAGGACCAUAGUGGUUACCACUGCAAUAUUUCUGCUUGUUCAGGUUGUCACAUUUUCUUAUCAUCACUGGUGAUAUUUGAUAUUUUUCUAUUUCCUGUGACUGAACUCUUGUAUAUUGAUAAGUAGAGUAGAUAUCCAAUAAUGAAUAGAUAUUUUCUAAAUAAGAUGAUGGGGAGCAAAAAGCAUCUAAAAUUAUUAAAUUAGAUUUCAAUGCAAUCUAAUAUUUGUUUCAAUGUAAAUUUUUUGUUUAGUUUAUUUUACAUAAAAAAAACAUAAUUUAUCAGUACUUUUACUGUAGUAGCAUAAUUUUUUUAUGACCAACUUUUUCUUUGUGUACGUGUGCAAAAGCACUUAAAUGAAUGAACCGUUCAAUUCUAUCUAUACUCUUCACAUUUUCACUGUUGUACUGUAAGUCAAAGAGUGAAAGUUAACUUGCUUUAGACGCCAGCGGGCUCUCAAAGCCUUUACAACUAUGUUCUAGAAUGUACAACAGUAGAUCCUAGAACAGAUUCAAUUUCUCUUUUGUGAAUCACGGUUACAGACUGUGUGCUCACAAACUCAAAGCCUUUCGUAAGUGGUUGAGUCAUGUUGGUUGGGUUGUUGKAACAGACAGAGAAGUGUUAUGAAGUAAUCUUUAAAAAGAAAAAAACAAAGAAAAGAAAAAAGCUAUGAGGUGGAGUUUGAUAGGUAGUAAAUUAGAACAUACCUUUUUUUCUUUUCUUUUUUUAAGUCUCAUUACUAUGACCAACCAAAGCCUGUUGACAUAUAAUGUCGAAUCUGCAGUGCCGGUUUUAAAUAAGGGCAAUACGGGGAGUUGUCCUGAGUUGUAUUAGAAAAGAGGGUGCAUGACAACCAGAUAAACAAGAAUAACGCUAGUUGUGCCAUUCUCAAGUUUUCUAUUGCUUUUAUGCAGUUAAGCAAGAGUCCUCUGCUUGAGGAUGAGAAUGGGGAGUCACGCUUAUCUGCUUUGUGUGAAACUGUCUUCAAUUUUUCAAAACCCCAAAAUCUCAGAUAAUGUUCUGUAUUUAAACGUGUUGGGUUGCCGCAGCACGAUAAUUUCGCUUAGGGCACCGUUAAUAUAAGAAAAGUGGCACAGCAUAUUGGUGCAGUUGUACUCAAGACGGUUGGGUAUUUGUAAAACAGUUCUAGGCAGGAGCCGGUGAGUAAUGUCACCCUUGUAAUGCCAUGCACAAUGUGACCACCAUAAUAGUGUAAAUACUUGAUACCAACAGCUAGCCGUACAAUCAAGACCUAAGCUUUUAGUGAGUUUCCUAAUUUUACAGCAGAUUAUUAUAGCCAUAUGCACUUGAAGAAAUCUUUCAAUGUUAUGCUUAUAUAUUUUUUGGUAAAGGUUAAGAGUGAUGACUUGUACCAUGUAUGUUUUAAUUUAUUGGCUGGAAAGUAAAGCCUCAGGAGUCUGGCUGUGUUCGACAUGCAGUCAUCUAUAUUUGGUUGUCACUGACAAUGUUCCCAGUCCAGAAUUUGUUGGCAACCACUUUAGAAAUAUCAGAUUGUUUAAGGACCUAUCACAUUGCAGUCAAAAAGACAAGGCAUUGCACAAUGGCCUUUAAAACAUUUGGGCUUCUUUUUUUUUUGGGAAAAAUGAAGAAAGAAAAGAAACAGCACUAAUAUAAAUUUUUCUAAUAAUCAUAAUCAGGCUGGUUACCUAUAUGUCUUUCCCUCCCUGUUUCCACCCUCUACCUCAAUCCCUGUUUUAUAUCUCAAUUGGUAUUCCUUUUGUACAUUAAAUAUAAUGUCAACAUUACCAAAAGCACCAUUAAUUUGACAAAUGAGCCAGUCCUGAGUGUAUAAGUGCAGCAGCCCUCUCUCCGGUGAGGAUUAAAGAAAAACAAUACCUUGUGUUGUUACUGUACGUGUGUAAGGGAAAAUGUAUGUGAGAGAGUGUGUGUGUGGGGGGGGAGGGUUGCGUGUUUGUGAGUGUGUGCCAAGCUACACGAGUUUGCAAGUCGCAAUUUCAAAAUGAUUGUUUUAAAGACAUUCACUUUGCUAUGUCAUGACAUUGACGGGUGGAAAUGUAUUAUUAACGCUGUACAAUCUUUUUGUGUGUAUAAACAUGCACUGUGAAAAGGUAGAGAGAGCACCGCACUGUCAGUCCUCUGUCUGUAUUGCACUGUGUUCUCGUUUUGCGUUAUAUAAAAAAAACAUGAAAAAGAAAAAAAAAAGUACUGUAUUCUGAUUGUCACUUGGAUUCUGUUGAGAGAAAUAAAUAAAUAUUAAUUUCAAAGCCA